GCCGUGGUGUCUGUGGAUGGGCGGCCGGUGAGACUCCAGCUCUGUGACACUGCAGGACAGGACGAGUUUGACAAGCUGAGGCCACUCUGCUACACCCACACGGACAUCUUCCUGCUGUGCUUUAGUGUGGUGAGCCCCUCCUCCUUCCAGAACAUCAGCGAGAAGUGGGUGCCGGAGAUUCAGCGCCACUGCCCCAAAGCCCCCAUCAUCCUGGUGGGAACGCAGUCGGAUCUCAGAGAAGAUGUGAAAGUCCUCAUCGAGUUGGACAAGUGCAAGGAGAAGCCCGUGCCCGAAGAGGCGGCUAAGCUGUGCGCCGAGGAAAUCAAAGCUGCCUCCUACAUCGAGUGUUCAGCCUUGACUCAAAAGAACCUCAAAGAGGUCUUUGACGCAGCCAUUGUUGCUGGCAUUCAGUACUCGGACGCUCAGCAGCAGCCAAAGAAGUCUAAAAGCAGGACUCCAGACAAAAUGAAAAACCUCUCCAAGUCCUGGUGGAAGAAAUACUGCUGUUUUGUAUGAUGCUGGCAGGAAACCCAGAAAGGCUAUUUUCAGAUGAAAUCAACAUUAGAAGCUAUAUUAGCUGAAAUGACUCCUUUUACCGUGUAGAACCUGUAUAGCGAGUGUGUGUGUGUGUGUCUCAUAGGACGAGCUCCCCGUUUCUGUCUUCUCUCUUGCCUUUACAUUUCUGGUUUGUUUGAGCUUAGGGAUGAGAUAUUUAGCAAGAUUUUUUGAAGUAAGCUAAUCGUUUUUCAUAACUCUGGACAUUUAGAGCUGCAGACUUCUGGAUUAAUUUAUGUCUUAUACGAAGGGGUCACCACAAACCUGGAUGUCAGAAAUGACGUUUUGCUGCAUGGUAGUGCACAGAAGAACAAAGGGGGGAUGUUGGGCUGACCCCCUCUUGAUCAAGGGCUACUUACUGCACCGUGGCGUUGUCACACGGGUCAGCCGUGGUAAGAACAGUUCUUAGCUUUGAAACUCCAUGCAACCCAUCCCCUGUCUUUUAAGAGCAAAAAUCCGAGGAAUUAAAAAUGAGAGACCUCUGCCUGCAGAACCUCACACCAGUCACUUUUGUCAUUUACUAAUACCCACUGCUUGAGAUUUAAAAACAACAAACAUCUCACUGACUGUAUGGCGCUGUGUAGAUGGAAGAGAAGGCUACUUAUGCCGACACUGUAUGAACAAAGCCAAAGUGCCAUGAUGUAGUUCUCGCGCUUUCUUUAGGGAAUGAUGAUGCGGAGGUCAGAACACAGUGUUUGCUCUCUGGGCUGUGGCACGUGCGUGGCGCUGCGGUGGUCCUGGGCGCUAACAGCACGAGGGAGUACCCACCCGGGUGUUCUCAAACUUCCAUAUUCGAGUUGUCCCAUCUCCAGGGAAGUGAGCACCCCUGAAAGGCCAAUAGCAAGUGUUUAUGGGAUGCAAAAUGUACCUUUUUCCUUAAGUCAGCCAUAAUGUGCUGUGUUUACACACCCGCACCCAUGCACACACGUGUGCACGCAUACAUACAGCUAUAUGACUGUAUUUGCUGCUGAUUCAGACGUUUACACAGUUAGUGGGGAAAAGCGUGGCCAUAAAAACAAAUGUUGGGGAAGUUUGGCUUCCUUCUCCUGUGGGCACUUUUUUGAAAUGACAUCUUUUUUUAUUAUACCCUGGAUAGGAUUUUAAGUGUGUCUUAAUUUACACAUUUUUUGAGACCAUCUGACAACACAAGAUGCACAUCUCUUUGACACUUGUUACAACCCCCAGUUAAAUCCACAGAUGACUUUCUGAGCACUGGCAGGAGAGAGCAGUGUGGUGUGUGUGGAGCCAUGAGGGAGGCUGGUGGGCUUGUGGCCGGCAAGGGACAUACCUGGACCACGGUCCCCACGCUUGGCGGCUUCUUCACGGUGGGAUGGUCAGAAAACCAUGAUUGUGAAAUAGGUUCUCCGAGGUGGCAGUUUUGAGGGCUGAACCUGCCGGAGAUAAAAGUGUCCUAUCAGGAAAGUAGCCUUUGUUCUGGGAAGGUGUGUUUCUGCUACCCACGAGGCAGCCCAGAUGCUCUGAAUUGUAAUGUCAGGCCUGCAGGGGGUGAAGCAGGGUCACCAAAAUCACUACGAUAACUAACUAGGGAAGUCUCUAGAAAGCCAGUGGGUAGAUGAGUUUUAACUUUCUGUGGGUUUUAUGCUGUCAUUUUUAUAUUUAAGAAAAAUCCAAUUUGUGGUUUUUUUAAUAGAUAAAGUAAAAGAUCAGGUUAUAGUUUAGGUUGGGGGCUUCUUUUAUUCCUGCUAGUAGCUAAAAUUACCAAAUUUCUUUGUUUAACAAAGGUUAAUCUUUAAACCGUGAAAACGCAUAGACGUUAACUGUUAUUUUUCAGCACAUUGAAAUUGAUAUCACUCACAGUUUCCUGAAACACUUGGUUACAACCUGACGGAAUAAACUUAUUUGUGGAAAUGCUUAAGACAGACCUCAUUAAAUACAUCUCACGUUUCUACACCUAGCUCACUAAUCUGUGGAAAGCCGGUCUUCCCAGACUGGGCUCUGCCUUCCUGGUGUGUCAGGUGGAAGAAGGGAAGAAGAGUUAUUUAACUGACUAGUAAUUUUGAAUAUUGUUUUUAUUUUUAAGCAAAUGUCAUGGAGUGCAAUGCAAAUUCAUGUUUAAGAUAAAACUUGAAACAUUUUAUGCGUCAGCAGUAGAUGGGGCUGCGCUCAGUCUCCCUGGAGGGGCCUUCGGCCCUCCUACCUUUAGGCCACUGAUAGAAAGUGGUGGGAAAGCUUUACGCAAGCGGUUUAAUUUUAACUGGGCUUAAGACUGCUUGGACCAUUAGUGCUAAAAGUCUAGUGGGUUGACAUUUAAAUGCAACAGUUUUUUAAUGUGUUGCUGCAUUUUAUAAAACAAUAAAGGUACGAUUAUACGCAAGAUUUUCCUCCAUUUUUAUUUCUUUGUGAAAAUAGAGUUAGGGACCGAACAUUUUUUUUUAAGUGUAUUUGAAUUGAGUAUGAAGUUGGUUCACUUCAAAGUUCAAAAACAGUUAGACUUGCAGCCUGAUGUUGCAGAGAAGAUUUUUUAAGAAUUUUGCUUUAGAAAAUGAUACUUUGGUUGAACUCCUACAGUCUAGGGCCAAUGUCAUAAUUAAAAAAUAACAAUAUACUGCAAAACUGUUAUCUCUUGUUACCAUGUCUGUAUAAAUGGACCUUUUAUAACCUCAUUCUUUGCCUGACAGGCUUAAGAGAAACUACCCAGGUCUUGCACAAGCCGAACGCGAGCAAGGUCUUCUCUCCAGAUUGUCGGAGCCCGGUGCCUUCCCAAGUUGUGCUUUCUGUUUUCAAGUGCAAAUGGUGUUGAGCUGAGUGCUGUGCUUGAAGAAGCUGUACAUGAGAUGAUACGAAAUAAAUUCUGACCUGUGGCUGUCACUG